GGCUGAAAGAGGUAUGCUUGAUCCGGGGCUCUCAUUGUUGGGAGGGCGACACCAUUGACCCCGAAUCUAGUGAGUGUUGGAGAGGAGAUCCGGGGGCGAAAUCCGCGGUGGCGCGGUGUCAUCUGUGGCUGGAGAUUUUCGUGCUGGACAAUAUAGACUUGGGUCUGUUUAAUAUGGUACAUCGCGAGCUCCCUCGUGUGUAGUGUUUUGAUCAGAAAAUGUUGUAGCAAAUGAUUACGAUGGCGUAUUUCAAGAAACAAGGUGUGGUGACGUAUGUGCCUGCAGCGUUGGGCCCUCCAGAUUCGGUGUGUUAUGAUCGGGUAGCUCUGAUGAGCCAGCCAUCUGGUGGUGCUUCUGCAACAAGGUCCCCUGAUGAGGUGCCAUCGGGAGGGAUGUUUGAUGGAAGGGUUGGCCAGAAGCCGGACGUCAUCCUGAACAGGGGUGCGCUAGUGGGUGGCACAUUGGGGGAUCCAAUGUCUGCACAUCGGUCUGUUGGACCUAACGAGUUUGCCAAGCAUUUACGAGAGACUUGUGGGGAUGAUCUGGUGCUUCAAGAACUGAGUUUGAUGUUGAAGCAGCACAAUGCGAAGUGCACACUGAGUAUGACAUUGCUUCGUAACAGGAUGCAGUCCGACAUGUUUUCUUUCGCUGACAGUUAUAGAGCUUGUGCGGGACCGUUUCCAUUUUUUAGCAAGCGCGGACUGUCAAAGUGUGUGAUGCUAGAUGAUCCCGGGAGGCGAUGUGCAGGGGGUAAACUGAUGCAUCUGAGGAAUGUGACAAUGGUGGCUCGCCUGCUUGUCAUGUCCAAUGAUGAAGGUAUUGAUUUUAGAGAAAUGAAGAUAUAGAAGUUGUCAAUGCCAGAGUAGUCCUUGACACGGUCCGCUGCUUUUACGACAACUGUGAUGCGGAUGCAGAUGUUGUUUUAUUUGGGCAGAUAGAGGCUAAGUUGCCGAAAAGGAGGUAUGUUAUGUCGGCAAGUUUUGCUGCUAACCCAUGGACAAGUGGAUGCCUACCACAACCACCACCAAUCCCAUUGGUGAAUAGGUUUCAUGCAUGGAUAUCGGGAGGAAAUCAGUUUGAAUCAGACAGUGUAUGGUUUGUGCAUACAUGCCCACGGCUUCUGAGGGUGAUGUCGUGUGUGUUCUGCAACAAAUGGUUGGGACGCAUCCACUUGACCACGAGGUUGCUGCUCUCGCUAUAAGGAGGUUUCACCAGAUUGACGUGGAGGCGCAGUCUGUGAACAUGUACAUGAUGUGGAACCUGAUUUCUCGGUUAGUACAUGAUCAUGCUCUUCAUGCAUUUGUGGAUGUGAAGAAAGGACUGAGGGAGUCCUGGAUUAGGGGGUCUCUGGAUAGCCGGACUAUAUCCUUUGCCCGGACUGUUGGACUAUGAAGAUACAAGAUUGAAGACUUCGUCCCGUGUCC